GGGUUCUGCAGGCUGGGCGAGCUACCUUAGGCUUGCAGAGGGGGCGGCAGCGGCAGUAGGCGGCUCCGCAAAAGGACAACCACAUCACACAUCACACAUCACACAACUUCCCCAUGUAACGUCCCCCUCCUCCAUCGUGCUGUCUUCGCCUUCGCCUUCGCCUUCGCCUUCGACAAUGACAAUGGCAGCCUUUUCCACUCUGGAAGCGCUACAAGCCCUGUGUAAAUCCAUUCCUGAAUGGAAUACGCGAUUAGACGAGCUCAACAGCCAAAUAGCUCUGAGACAGAUCGAGCUCGCCCGAUUGACCGAGGACGAACGACCCCCCACUCGAUCCCUUAAGAACCAAGGCUCGACAGAGUCCUUACGACCAAAGGACAGCAACGAGAAUAAGAACGAGAAUGAGAACCCCUUCGCCUUGAAAGAACCCGAAAGUACCAAAGACGGUCAAACAAACUCUUUCGACACUCCCAAGUCAAAUCAGAAUAGCUCUACGCGACCAAGUUCUGCGGCUGCGCAGGCAGCUACUACGUCUCUACCUAGGUUAAAUUCGAACGCUCGACCCUCACCUGGUCCAUUAACACGAAGAUCUUCACAACAACAUCCGGCACAGGGCCGGACAAGUCCUGCGGUAUUGCGAAAACGAAAAACCGAAUCUCUCGCUUCUGGCGAGUCAGUAGCUCCGAAAUACAAGACAAGGUCAAUGAUUAUUGUUUACUACGACAGUGCAGUGCAGACUGCUUUCGAAGAUCUGGUUAAAUUUGUGAGCGGGAGUCGAAAUUCCAUGCGGAAGGGGAAGAUGGCUGCAAAAAUGGCAGAGAUGAAGAGAGCUGCCGAAUUAGAAAUCGGAGACGAGGAUAUGGACAAUAAGCAGGAUAACGCAGAUGAUAAUCUCAACAAUAGCAGCGCAACUUCAGGCACUUUGUUAGUAGCUCAAACGUCCAUCUCUCCUGGUGAGAAGGGAGCGGGCCCGACUGCUACGCUGGGACCUGGACUAGAACCAGAUGCUCUACUAGAGCCAAUGCUACCCAAGCUUAAUUUUGUCUCGACGAGACAAAUGGGCCCAUCGAGAGGCAGGGCGGAGGCAGACAAGUUUGGUGGUCGGCUUAGUGUUAGUAUGUUACGAGGGUAUCGAAGAGGUGGGGGGGAGACCCUAGACAUCUUCGACGACUUGGACAAGGGGCUAGAAUGGUGUCAGGCGCAAUGUGAACACGCCGCCCACCAAUUUCUGCGAGAGGGUGAUUGUAGUACUGAGAUCGUGAAUAUCAAGCAGAGAUUGGAAGAGGUUAAAGCGACUUCAGAAAAGGAGAUUAAGAAGCUGAAGAGACAUGAGGAAGAGCGAUCUCAGGCGAUCCCUAUACCAGCUGAUCCAACUAAAAGUCUUCAGAUGAAAGCACCGAAUGUGCGGAAAGAGAUGCCAGCGUCGACGAGUCUUGAGGUCGACGAUAGUAUGGAGGUUGAUGAUGAGGGCGUAGUCGAUCUUGAGCUUCCUUCCAAACUAAUUUUCAAGAGGUCGAGGGAUAUUUAGUACUAAACUAGCAGAUGUUGCAUUUUGAUAAUUCUACAGUCAAGUAAUUCAGCGAGCGAACGUUAGAUGUGUAAGGAGAAUGUUGAUUAUGAUUUAUGAUUGUGGUAUCAACAGGUAAAACCUUCACUCUUCUAUUUAUUUGUUUUCCUGCAUGUUAGGCUUGAUAGGAUAGAAGUCAUAAAAGACGGGAUAUAGAUUUAUUGGAGGUUACCGGAAUGACAGUGAGAUAUUACCUAUGCCAAUCAGUUCAAAAGGGUAGAGUUAUUAUAAAUGAGAAUGCAC